ACACAGCAAAAAGUGUCUCAAUCCCUCUGAAAUCAUCCUACGGUCCACCCCACUGACGUAACGGGAUGCCUGUUAUCCUCAAACUUUAGGGCGUAUGGUUCUGCAUUUCUGCGGUUAGUAUUGGAUAAACCUGACUUGUAAAGUUUGUCGCGUGUAACAGAGUUAACCCGUUAACUGGUCGUUUGUAAAUCAUUCGAGUAAUAAUUUAGGCAAGCUGUCAAACUAAACACACGCGGAAGAAAGUGCUUAGACACGCAUUGAAAUGGCAGAGUCCAGUAUUUCAGAAGAUGAGUUCAGAUGUUCAGUAUGUUGGGAUCUCCUGAAGGAUCCAGUGACUGUUCCCUGUGGACACACUUACUGUAUGAGAUGUAUCACAGACUGCUGGGAUCAAGAGGAUCUGAGAGGAAUCUACAGAUGUCCUCAAUGCAGAGAAACCUUCAGUCCACGACCUGUUUUAGGGAAGAAUGUGGUGAUCGCUGAGAUGGUGGAGAAACUGAAGAAGACUAAACUCCAAUCUAUUAAUCCUGCUCACUGUUAUGCUGAACAUGGAGAUGUGGAGUGUGACGUCUGUACUGAAAAACUUAAAGCCAUCAAAUCCUGUCUGAUGUGUCUGAACUCUUACUGUCAAACUCAUCUUGAUCAACAUGAGAAUUUCUUCAGAGGUAAAAGACACAACUUGAUAGAAGCCACCGGACGACUGCAGGAGAUGAUCUGCUCUCGACAUGAUAAAAUGAUGGAGAUUUACUGCAAUCAAUGUCAGCGAUGUAUGUGUAUGCUGUGUAUCGUGGAUGAACACAGAAAUCAUGACACUGUAUCUAUAUCAAUGGCAAGUGCAGAGAAACAGACUCAGUUGGGAGAAAAACAGAAAGAACUUAAUCAGAAGAUCCAGGAAAGAGAGAAAGAUCUUCAGAAGCUCAGAGAGACGGUGGACUCUUAUAAGCGAUCUGCAAAGACAGCAGUGGAGGACUGUGAGAUCAAAUUUACUCAACUGAUCUCUGAAGUGACACAACUGAUCAGAGAUCAGGAGAGGACUGCAGUGAGUCGAGCUGAAGGACUUCUGGAGGGACUGAAGCGAGAGAUUGAAGAUUUAAAGAGGAAAGAUGCUGAAAUAAAGACGCUUUCACAAACACAAGAUCACUUUCAGUUUCUUCAGGGUUUCCAGUCUCUUUCUCUCUCUGGAUCUACAGAAAACUUCAAUAUCACUUCUGACAUCUCUUUUGAUGCUGUUGUGAAAUCUGUCGCUCAAUUCAGAGAGAAACUGCAGCAUUUCUUCAGAGAAGAGAUGGACAAGAUUUUUGUGAAAAACAUCCAGAUGAGUUUGACCCCUGAACCCAGAAACAGGAUGGAAUUCCUACAAUGUUUCCAUCAGUUCACUAUGGAUCCAAACACUGUGAAUUAUUACCUCGGACUGUUAAACUGGAAUCAAGAGGCCAGAAUCGCUGAUCCACCGCUGCAGUAUCUGGAUCAUCCAGACAGAUUUGACUGCUGGUCCCAGGUGUUGUGUACAGAAGAUGUGAGUGGCCGCUGUUAUUGGGAGGUGGAUUGGAGUGGACAGGGGAGGUCAGGUGUGGGUAUAGCAGUGGCGUAUAAGAGCAUCAGUAGGAAAGGAAAUCAUCUUGAAUGUGCAGCUGGACGUAACGAUCAAUCCUGGAGUUUUUACUGCUGUCCAAAUUAUUAUUCAUUCAUUCACAAUAACAUGGAGACGUAUAUUUCUCUUUCCCCGACCAGCCGCAGAGUAGGAGUGUAUGUGGAUCACAGUGCAGGAAUAUUAUCUUUCUACAGCGUCUCAGACACAAUGACCCUCAUUCACAGAGUUCAGACAACAUUCACUAAACCUCUCUAUCCUAUGUUUGAACUUGAUGAACACUCAGCAUUCAGACUGUCAUCCAUAAACCCCUAAAAGCUCAUUUACACUAAUCUUUGUCGUUUGUCAGAUUAAUGUUAAUUUACCCUUAACAGUAAGAUCUUACAUAAUAUCAGGUGUAAUAAUCAAACACUCACUUGGAUUUGGCUGUACAGCAGGGCAGGAUAAAGAGCUGGGGUCUCAUUUAUAAAACUGUGCGUAGGAUCCUUACUAAAAGUCUAUGUACGCACAAAAACCAAAAAUGGCAUACGGCAAAAAUAUUAAGACUUAUAAAACAAAGCAAUAAUCCCUUUAUAAAUCACAGAUCACCUGCAAAUGAAUUAUCCUCAGAUCCCACCCUGCAAGUCCAUUCACCUGUCAGGAUUGUUUUUUAUAGAUCACAACCUUUGCGAGGGAACUGGCGUAUGCAAGUUUCCAGACCCAUUUUGUACGUAUACGCACGCUUUAUAAAUGAGACCCCUGAUCAUGAGUAUUAAAUAUUAAUGUGUAUACUUUAAAGAAAUCAAAACCCAACGUCAAUCUGACGUCAAAAUCCAACCUCAAUAUGACGUCAAAAUCCAACCUCAGUCUGACGUGAAAACCCAACGUCAAUCUGAUGUCAAAAUCCAACGUCAAUCUGAUGUCAAAACCCAACGUCAAUCUGAUGUCAAAACCCAACGUCUGCCUGAGGUCAAAACUGUUGUGUAAGAUGCAAAUUAUCCAACCUUUAUAAGCCAAAUAUUACACCUAUUUUUAUAUGUAAUCCCAGGGAGCAAUAGAAACCUGUGAUUUGUUAUUUUAUACUCCUUUUAUUAUGUUAAACUCCUUUUAUUAUUUUACACGCCAAGUGUUGCUUUAAUGUAAAGUAUUAUAAUCACUGAGUUGAGAGUAUAUUCAUGACAACUCUUAUAUUGCAUGUUUAACAAAAUUACACAUAUAUGCUUUUGUAUUAACUAGUUUAUUAGUAGAGAGAUUGAUGCAUGUAUUAGAUAGAUCAAAGCAUAAGAUAUACAUUACGGUUUAAAGCAUGAUUUAAAGACCUGUCUUUGUUGAAGAAAGCGCAGAAGAGCUCGGAGAAGAACAAUAAAGAGACUUUAUCUCUUUAUUUUAUAUAAGAUGUUAGGGGAAUUCCCCAGUAAACGUAAGGAUCAAAGGGGUGUCAUGAGGCCCUGAAUAUGAUUCCUAGAAUUUGGCCUUGAGUCCGUCCCUAUAAAUUAAUGCUGCAGAACUUAUGCAGAUCUGGACGCUGCACCCAGCAUCUCCGUUGUCUGACAGCCUGAACUCUUGUGUGCUCUAGAUUAAGGUUUUUUUUAGACUCUGUAUUUUUGUUUCAUUACUUUUUAUCCAAUUUGAUAUUUUUAUCUUAGUAUUAAUACAUUUUAUA